GGAAGAAGAGAGUAAAGGAGAGGAGAGACAGAGUAAAGGAGAGACAGAUUAAAGGAGAGACAGAGAAAAGAAGAGACAGAGUAAAGGAGAGGAGAGACAGCGCUGGGGAUCGCGGAGGAAAUGAAACGGCGUCUGCAGAAGAAGUAUCUCCUCCUGAUCCUCGGCUAUUCCGUGGUCCUGCUCCUCAUCCCGUACGUGUUGGACCUUCACAGUAAAUCUGCUCAGGUGCGUCAUGGAGCUCCGGAGCCGCGCCGGCAGCAGCAGCAGCGGUGUCCGGACCUGGAGAAGAGCAUGACGCUGUGGAACUCCACCGAGUCCGCGGAGGACAGCGGAGCAAACAGGAACCGCACCAAAACGCACAUCUAUCUCCACGCGACAUGGAGGACGGGCUCGUCUUUCCUGGGGGAGCUGUUUAACCAGCACCCGGAUGUGUUCUACCUGUACGAGCCGAUGUGGAACAUGUGGCAGGCGCUGUAUCCGGGGGACGCGGGGAGUCUGCAGGGCGCAGUGCGGGACAUGAUGAACUCUCUGUUCCGCUGCGACUUCUCUGUGCUCAGGCUGUACGCGGGCACCGCCAACAUCAGCACCUCGUUCAUUUUCGGCUGGAAGACUAACAAGGUGAUCUGCUCUCAGCCUUUGUGUUCAGCGUACACAAAGCCCCAGGUGGGGCUGGUGCAAGGAGACGUGUGCGCCAAGUGCGCGCCCAGAGACAUCCGAGAGCUGGAGAGGGAGUGCAAGAAAUAUCCCGUGGUGGUUAUUAAGGAUGUUAGAGUGUUAGACCUGGGAGUGCUGGUGCCCCUGGUGCGAGAUCCUACAAUCAAUCUGCAGAUCAUUCAGCUCUUCAGGGAUCCCCGAGCCGUACACAACUCCAGGCUCAAGUCCAAGCUGGCACUGGUACGAGAAAGCAUCCAGGUUCUCCGGAGCAAGAAGCAGAGCGACAAAUACAAGCGUCUGCUCUCACCUGGGAACCGUGUGAACCGUGCCGAGAGCUAUGUAGCCGGUGCCAUGGAGCUGAUCUGUGACUACUGGCUCAGGGAUAUGCUCCUGGUGAACGGUGCACCUCCAUGGCUUAAGCGCAACUACCUGCAGAUCCGCUACGAGGACCUGGUGCUUCAUCCAGUCAACGAGCUGCACCGACUUUACCGCUUCGCCAACCUGAGCACGUCCCCAGAGCUGGAGAGGUUUGUGAUGAACAUGACGAGAGGGCAGGGAUACUCUUCAGACCGGCCGUUCCUCAUCUCAGCGAGGGACGCCAAGGAAGCCAUAUUUGCCUGGAGAGAGAGGCUGAGUGUGGAUCAGGUGGGGCAGGUGGAGGCUUACUGCAGCGAGGUGAUGCGCCACCUGGGAUACGAGAAGAGGAACCUGGAGCAGAAGUAAGAGAGCCUACAAAGCCUAAAGAGAGGAAUGAGGAGCGCGAGAAAAGAGACCAGGCCGAAGUGAAGCUACAGUGAGAGACAGGAACACUGUCCUUCACCGAUCUGUGGAGGAUUGACACUAGGAACAGUUCCAGACUGAGAGCAGAUGCUCCACAGCGGUGCCGGUCCGAGUCCGACACCAAGGAGACGAGAGGCUUCCGAGGACACUGACAAUAACACGGAGGAGUUUAAACACUAACUAUGACGAGUGAAGCAGAGACGCCUGGGAGAUGACCGAGCUGGCCAUGUGUGUGUUGGCUCUCGGCCAUGUUUGACCAGCGACUAAUCCUCCUCUUCCCGUCAUCAGCUGCAGGACAUGGAGCUCAGGGCUCUGGGGUUUAUUCUGUGUGUGUGUGUGUGUGUGUUGAGCCUGUGAUAUGAGUGCCAUUUCGACGUCACACUUUAACUUUCACAAACACCAGGAAUCAAUGGUUGUUUACACCACAUUCUUUCAGAAACCUCCUGAAAAGACAUGUUUAUAAACACUUAAUAAUGCAGCAUAAGCAUUCCAUUAAAUUCUCAACAGCAGUGUAUGACGUGUGGCUGAGAACAAAACUUAGCACAAAUACGUUGGACAAUCACCUGAACGUUCCGUAACACAAUACUUAUGAGCAGUGUUCAUAAGGUUAAGUCUCAUAAGCUUACAUAGACAUUUACGUGGCUUAAUAGAAAUUCGCAUCAUCUGUCCUAUUGAUGAUUCUGGCCAAAAUCUACAUAACGCUGUUAGAACAGAAUUAUUACGGUCAUAUGUAUUUGUAUAAAUGUUAUAAGUAGAAACAUUACUGAGUGACUCAACAUACAGUAAAUAGCCCUGUCACGACAUGUCGUAGGGGCUUAUGAAAUACUGUGAGCAAAAAUAAAACUGCUUAAAAGGCUAGAGAAAAUCUACUUAAAUGUGUCAUGGUCAUAGAGAUGUUAUAAGCAGAAAUAUGAAAAUGUAAAAAAGUAGAAAGACAUGGUCCUGUGUUUCAUAAAUGCUCUCAAGCUGAAAUAUGAAACUCAGUAAAAUUAAAGAGUCAGAGUCAUGUUAUGACGCUGUCAUAGGUGUUCAUAAACUUAAAGGCAGUAUGUAAAUAUUUACUUAAGGGAGAGAACAAAAACACACAGGACUGUUAUAAUGGUGCUAUGGCAUAGGAGUUCACAAAAGGCUUAUAAGCAAAACUUAUACUAGCCCUGUCAUAAUGGUACGGUAAAAAUAAAUAAAUAAAUAAAUACAUGUAGUUAAAAUAUAUAUAGAAAAAGACCCCUAAUUCAUGAUCAUAGGCAGUGAUGUGCAGUUUGUGCAGGAAAUGUUAUAAAGCAAAUUAUGGGAGAUUGAUAAAAUCUAUAGCUGUGUUAUUACAUGUAACGACUUGUCAUAAGUCUUCAUAGUAUGAUCCUUGCUUUACUUAAAAAAAAACACAUAGCUAUGUUAUUACAGUCUAAUUAUGAUGCUUUAGUGUCAUAAGAUAAGCUCAUGUCACACGAGGCAUGCCUUUAUAAACAGCUAUGUAGGUUUGUUAGCAGUCAUGUAGCUUUAUGAACACUGCUCUGUAAACAAGCGAGGUGUUACCGAACGUUCGUUAACCGAUCGAGUUACCAUGGUGACAGUAUUAAAAACAUCCCUUAUCAUGAACUAACACGAACUACGUCGAGUCGAAGAACUUGCUCUGAAAACAAAACAGUUAUUUAUGAAAGCAUUUUGUAAAUAAAGAGAUUUUUUUGUAAA